CAUGUGAUGUCCGGCUAAUCCGGACGGGACGUUUGGAAGCUCAGACGGUGAUCUCUGAGCAGUCAUGGCAGGUUUAUUUUUAAAGGAGGCGGUUUGUGUGUUUUUGUUGCUGAUCGGCGGCAGCAGCGGAAGAUACGACCCGACGUGGGCGUCUCUGGACACCAGACCUCUGCCCGCGUGGUACGAUCAGGCAAAGUUUGGAAUCUUCAUCCACUGGGGAGUUUUCUCUGUGCCAAGCUUCGGGGACGAGUGGUUCUGGUGGUUCUGGCAGGGGGAAAAACAAAAGGCAUAUGUCGACUUUAUGCAGAAGAAUUAUCAUCCUGACUUUACGUAUCCAGAUUUUGCGCCACAGUUCACUGCAGAGUUUUUUGACCCCAAACAAUGGACCGACAUCUUUGCCUCAUCGGGAGCAAAGUACAUUGUCUUGACCACAAAACAUCACGAAGGGUUCACACUUUGGGGCUCUUCAGUCUCCUGGAACUGGAAUGCAGUAGAUGUUGGACCCAGGAGAGACCUGGUGGAUGAACUGGCGACUGCCAUCCGUGCCAACAGUGAUCUGCAUUUUGGAGUUUACCACUCUCUUUUUGAGUGGUUUAACCCAAUUUACAGAAUUGACGCAAACAAUAAAUUCAAAACAAAUUACUUUCCGACCGCGAAAUCCCUGCCUGAGCUUUACGAGCUCGUCGUUAAGUACAAACCAGAUGUGAUCUGGUCUGAUGGGGACAACGGACCUGAUACGUACUGGAACAGCACUGGGUUCUUAGCUUGGCUUUAUAACGACAGUCCGGUGCGAGACACGGUGGUAACAAAUGAUCGUUGGGGGUUUGGUUGCAUGUGCACCCACGGCGGUUUUUACACCUGUUCUGAUCGGUACCAGCCUGGACACCUGCUCAAACACAAAUGGGAAAACUGCAUGACCAUCGACUCCAAAUCGUGGGGCUACAGACGUGAAGCUGUUCUAAGAGAUUACCUCACCAUUGAGGAUCUCGUAGGGACGUUGGUGGAGACGGUGUCUUGUGGAGGAAACCUGCUCAUGAAUGUCGGCCCCACACGUGAUGGAAAGAUAGUCCCAAUCUUUGAGGAGCGUUUGAGGCAGAUGGGCCAGUGGCUGAAGGUCAAUGGCGAGGCCAUCUACAACACUACAGCAUGGCGGGCUCAAAAGGACAGUGUCACUCCCAAAAUCUGGUAUACUGCUAGACCUCAAGAAAAGUCCAUCUUUGCCAUUUUACUUGAGUGGCCCAAAAAUGGAACUGUGAUUCUGCAUGAACCAGUGGUCAGCCAAGAAAAGACUCAGGUGUCGCUCCUCGGUUACGGGCCUGUGAAGUGGCAGUCUGUAAAUCCUACCGGAUUGCAGGUUGUUCUGUCAUCGCUGUCCUUCAGCCAGAUGCCGUGUCAGUGGGCCUGGACCCUGAAGCUGACCGGCGCCGCUUAAUGGGGAAUCCAGAAUGGAGGAAGAGAUGAAGCAGAAAGCUGUGUGAACAACCUGAUCCAUCUCCUGUUGGCACCUGAACGUCUGAGGAGGUGGUUCAAGUGGGUGUAACAAAUGCUUAAAUUAUUUUAUUAUUAAAGGGAUUUUUAACAACAACAAGAAAAGUGUAAUCUUGCAGGGAAUCAAAUAUUUGCACAUCACAGUUUUGGUAUUGAGUCGCUUUUUAAUCAUUUUGUGUCCGGUGGAUUUUGGGGUUUGUAAAUGUUGUAAACUUGCAUUAAGUCUGAUUGUACUUAGUUUAUAAUCAAUGUAUGCUGUUUUUAAAGUACACACAGCAGUUUUACAUACUUUUUACUAUUAAAAUUGUCAUUCUGGUUACAACCAAAUGAAAUACAGACAAAUAACUAAGACUGUAUGACAAAACAAUAUGUAUCUUUCAGAUGUUAAAAAUGUUUUUUUGGUAUAGGCUAUGCUGGGCACAGUGUUUAGCCUAGGUGGAGUUUUGUAACUAUUUUUAACAAUAUUGCUCUAUACAUGUUAGCCUGCUCGUCAAACACAGAUGAUGCUAAUGUCUAAGAGGAACAUUUUAUAUGCACAAAUUUAUCUCCUGAGGUCAAGAAAAUGUGACAGUUGUAUUAAAAUGAGAGCAAUAAGGUAUAUCUCUAUAUUUAUUAUUUUGUCUACCAAAUGACAGUGGCAUUUAGAUUUAUUUCCCCACCUCAUCAGGUCUUUGUGAUGCCAUAAAACAACAAUGUUGACAAUAAAAGGGAAAAACUGAGGUAUGGCUGGGCCACAAACAAAAUGUUUUCAGUGUCACAUUUGAUAUGGUGGAUGUUAUUGGAUAGUACUGACUUUUAUUUUAUUGUUUAAUUUCUGAUCAGGAACUCUUGUGGCUGAUGUCAGCCUUGUUGGUCACAAUGUGUUUUCUUCAGUAAUAUGUGAAUCCUCUAUUGUUAAUCAAGGCAUUCCUCAGGUGUCAAUCCUUGGCCUACUGUUGUUUUAGUCAGCCAGUGUCUUUCACUAUGAGAUUGAUCAUGUUUUGGUGACUGUAUGAUUCAGCAUAGUGAUGCAGUUAAAAACGUGAGUGUGAUGUUUGAUCACCUUCUUUAUCAAAGAGGUGACAAGGAUUGCCAUUUUUUAAUUUGCAAAAGCUUGCAAAGAUUAGACGACUUUAGUUUACAACUGAGUUUGUAAUGUGUUUUGGACUUGCACUUAAAAUACCAGAAGUCUUCAAAAAAUUGAGAAUGCAGCUGCUCGAAUGUUGGCUGGGCCUAUGUAAUAAAUUUGACCAGAUUACCGCGACGUUACGUCUCUUCACACAAGAACAGAAUAUAAGGUUCUGCUGUUUACAUUUUAAAUACUGAAUGCUUGUGCGCCCUCUUAUCCAUGUUGGUGUAGUCAUAUAUCAGGUGCCUUGUGACCUCAGGGUUCCACCCUGCUGUGUAUUCCUAAAUUUAAAAAGAAGGCAGCAGGUGGUGGAGCAUUUGCAUAUUGUGCCCCAAUUUUGUGAAACCACAGGCAGAAGACAGGCAAUCAAGUUCUGUGUCCACUUCCACGCCCAGAUCCAAAAUAUACUUAUUUUUUACUUUUUCUAAUCAUUGAAUGUGUGUGGUUCAAAAUUUUUGUUUUAAAAUUUUAAUUGUUUAUCUGUUGUGAUUGUUUUAUGUGUGUGAAUUUGUAGUGAUUUUUACUUUUUUGGCAUCUACCAUAGUGUAAAGUGCUUUGAUGUCUAUGAAAGCACAGCACUUGAUGAACAGUUGCUGUUAUUGAUAUUAUCAUUAUUAGAACUCAUUAAGGAAUCUCAAAAUCCACCAACUACUUUGAGAUAAUCUGCCCUUAACCAAAUGGAAUCAUGAAAAAAGUGCAAACGGUUGAUGUUCCGUUCGAACCAGAGGUUUAACUGGAUAUUAAAUGUUCAAUUCAGGAUUUCUGAAUGAAUCGGUUUUUAGUAUAUUUGUUGUUUUGUGUAUGGAGUCUUUUGUACUGAUCGGGAUUCUUUGUUAAAUAUCUGCAAAAAUGUUUUAAUAAAGUCAAGGAAUUGAACAAA